AUGCCUCACUCUCGCUCAGCUAGCAUACUGUCUCGUAUCUGGAAGACGCCCUCCAGUGACCAAGAGAAAAGGGACAAUUCUCGACAUGCCUCUGGAGCUCAUGAGCGGUUCCUUGAAAAUGAAGGCCUCCUGCCGCCCGCUCAAACGUUGAUCAACUGCGAAUCUUCGCAGUCCUUGCAGGCAAAGCCUGCGAGAAAAAUACCGAGGGGCGAUUCUUAUAUCCCGCAUCAUUCCAAGAAAGGAGCUAUAGGCAACCCCACGCAGUCACACCAGACUACACCCGAUCAGCUGCCGAGGACCUCCUCUGCUCUCAGUCGCGCAACAACCAUUAGUGAGGAUUUCGUAAGCGAUAUUCUUGCACAGCACAAUGAAAGUAGCCUUUCGAUCAAUCAACAUAUAGCAAGCCCAGACGACCGGAAGCCAGAAUGGUUAUCUGUUAGCGCCCACCCUGACCAGGCGCGAGAGGAAAACCUUGAAGAAGCUAUACGACCCUCAACUUCGAGUCGCCUGAUCCAGCGCCUGAAAAGCAACAGUCUGAAAAAUCGGUCUGCUCGCGCUAGACCGCAAAUGUCUCUGCCUAGCUUGAAGCCCCAGCAGACAGCUGGAAGUGGUUGGUCCUAUCCCGCUGGUCACCUUCCAGCGCCCGUGCCAACUUUUGGAGAGAUUCCCGGGGCGGGAUAUGAACAACCAAGACCACAUGUCGAUCUUUCGAGCGGAGCAGCUGCUCGUGCAGCAGCAGCCGCUCAAAACGAAAUUCUGAAAAAGAUGCAAAGAAUGGAAUUACAUGGGAGCAACAGCUCGCUCGGAAAAAGGAUCGGUGAAAGUUCUCAGUCGAGACAGGAAUCAUUAGAUCUUACCAUCUACUUUAACCGUCGAGAUCCUCUUCAGAUCCUUCCCCAGGAAAUCGUGACCCAGACAUUUGGAUACCUGGAUGCUACGUCUGUCAUGAGUGCGGAGCUGGUUUCUCAAGCUUGGAAUACCGUAGCCUCCUCCCCUCAUACGUGGAAGCUAGUCUUUCAAACAGAGUUUCAUCAUGACCCAAGUAGAGCUACAUCCGUUUCGAGCAAACCUGAUGCUCGGAAUGUACCAUCUCAACGUGACUGGAAAGCUAUGUGGCGGGUUAGAAGAGAACUUUCAAGGAGAUGGGAAGACGGACAAGCUGCAGCUAUAUAUCUUGAGGGUCACACAGACAGUGUCUACUGUGUCCAGUUCGACAGAGACAAGAUUAUCACUGGCUCGCGAGAUAGGACGAUUCGAAUUUGGAGUACACGUACAUACAAAUGCGUGAAGGUCUUGGGCUGGCCAAGCUGCGUCAAGUGGGAAGAGACCUUUCGCUCGAAUCUAUCCGCCUCGGGGGCCGCCCCCAACCUCUUGGAAGCACCGUCUCUCUUUCACACCGGCUCCGUUUUGUGCCUGCACUUUGAUGAAGAUCUAAUGAUAACAGGCUCUUCAGAUACAACAUUGAUAGUGUGGGAAUUAAGACCCAAUUACGAAUACACUCCGAUCAGGCGUCUGGUACAGCAUUCGAGUGGAGUCUUGGACGUGGCUUUUGACAAGACUCACGUCGUGUCAUGUUCUAAGGACCAAAGCAUAUGUGUUUGGGACCGGCAAACCGGCAGUUGUAUCCGAAGAUUGACUGGUCAUAGGGGACCUGUGAAUGCUGUCCAAUUGAGAGGCAAUGUGGCGGUGUCAGUGGGAGGCGAUGGCCUUGCUAAGCUUUGGAAUCUUCAGUCCGGAAUCUGCGUCAAAGAGUUCUCCAAUAGCAAACGAGGUCUUGCUUGCGUCGAGCUCAGCCUUAAUGCUCAGACCAUUAUUUCGGGUGGCAACGACAAAAUGGUCUAUGUCUUUGACACAGAUACCGAUACGACCAACAACCCAAUCAAGGAACUCACUGGACACGGCAAUCUGGUCAGGUCUGUGCAUCUCGAUCCUGGCAGCGGUCAUAUUGUUACUGGAAGCUAUGAUAAUAGCGUCAAAGUUUGGGAGUUGGAGACUGGUAAGGAGGUCGUCAGCUUCAUUAAAUGGACUUCGUCUUGGAUUCUAAGUACAAAAGCGGACUACAGGCGCAUAGUGGCCGCCAGUCAGGAUAGUAGGGCGGUCAUUAUGGACUUUGGAUACGACUUGCCUAAUAUCGAUUUGCUGGAGUGA